AUGUCAGUCGAGGUCGUGAGAGAGAAUUAUCAUCACAGUCUGGCUGAGGUCAAGACAAGUAACGAGCGAACCAUCGGUGACCGUAACACGUCCCUCUGGACUUGGACGCUGCCCUGCCCCCCGUCCCUCCCGUGGCUGUCUCUUAUUCUGCCUUUCUGUCUCUCCGGAAUCACAAUUCGACCAUUGUUCUUCCAGUUCACAAGUGCUUCUCUGCCAAUGAUAAUGGACGCCUCCACUCAGCCUCCCAAGGAUGUCGUACUCAUCUGCAUGACCGGCGAGCCGCUUCGUGCCCCGCGGUCUCUGUUAGCCGAAGCCUCGCCCUACUUGAAGAGCGUGCUGGAUAAGUGCGCCUCGCCCGUUCUGGUGAUGCCCGACGUCACGCUGGGGGAGAUGGUGGAGCUGAUCGAGUACUUGAAGGGCGACGGGCCGUCCCAGGUGGAGGGGCGUCUCCUGGAGAUAGCGCAGCGUUACAGCAUCAGGACCUCAUCGCCCAAGUCCACCCCCUAUCUCCCCUUCAAGAAGCGCCGUCUGGAGCUGACGCCCCCGUCCUCCCCGGAGUUGGCUCCUCAGGACGUGAGACCCUCCCCACCGAAGGAAUCUCCUGAAGCAACUUCUAGUAGUCCUGCCCGGCCUGAUUCUCCUACUUCAUCUACAGAGGAACCUCGGGGUGUGACGCCUCUCAGUCCGUCGGCGGUGCAAGGGCCCAUGGGCGCCUUCCCGCUCCUUCCUUUCCUUCUGCAGAGCUCCAUGUUGGCCCGUUCGGGAAUGUUCCAGGCUUCCCCCGCCUUCCCGCACCUCCUGGCGUCGUCCCCGCAGGCACAGCUUCAGUCAGCCGCCAUGAUGGGGCAGACUUCACCAGUCCUGCCUCGCCUGUCGCCUCACGAGCCGUCGGCCCCCGUGACCACCACGCCUGUAACGCCUCUCCACAUGGUCCAGCGCCCUUCCCCGUACGCACAGCAACAGGCUCAGUCUCCCGCAGCCGCCUCAGCGAACUUCCCUGGCUGGAAUAGCAGUCAGCAGGCUCUAGUGCCUUGCGAGGACUGUGGCAAGAGUUUCACAGUGUCGAACCUCACCAACCACCGCCGUCGCAACCACCGCCUGCUGCAGGAGCCUGUGGUUUGCUGCGGCGAGCAGUUCCCCACCAGGUGGCACCUGCGCCUCCACCGCCGCUCCAUCAACCACCGCAGGACGCACUGGCAGCCCGCCCUCUCCACCGCCUACUCCGAUGACGCGCGCCCACUCUCACCCACGUAUUCUGACUAA